UCUCGGUAUAGAUGUUCCUCUCUCCCUCCCUCUCUCUCUCUGGGCGCGCACCUGAGGCUGAAAAUACAGCAGGCGAGAGAGAAAACGCGCUCCGAAGUCGUACGGAUCUACGUAUUUAUGUACACGUAGUAUUUCCAUUAUACGGUGUUGUUGAAGAUGGAUAUGAUAUAACUGGAAUGUGAAAUAUCUUUGCAUGAACUUCUCUUCAUCUGCUUGAAUCGGUCGGUCGUGUAUACCUGCGUUCGUAGGUUACAGGAGACUAUUUCAGAUGCAGUCCCAGCUUCAACAUACGCUACCCGAGGUGAAGAAGGAACAUGAUGUUUCUAAUGAUUCUAGAUCCCAGAGACAUUCAAAUAAAACUUACCAAGAUUUAGCCAACAGUACUUGGGAUAAAGCUCAGGGUUCUUCUGAGAAUGAGGACAGUGCUUCUUUAGAAGAACAGGACCAAGAUGCUCAGUCUUCUGAAGACGCUCCAAAUCAGUUGGUGGUUUAUAACCCUGGAGCUAAUGAUAGCUGUGAUUCCGGUCAAAUUCAACCGGUCCUUGACCCGCAUGACUACCAACCUCCCAUCCCAAAAUUCGUUGAGUCAAAUGCUCCCAGGGUUUUGCCCUCUGUUGGGGCAUUCACUGUUCAGUGUGCUGCAUGUUUUAAAUGGAGGCUAAUUCCAACAAAAGAGAAGUAUGAAGAGAUACGUGAAUAUAUCUUGGAGGUACCUUUUGUAUGUGAAACAGCUCGGGAGUGGCGGCCUGAUAUAUCUUGCGAUGAUCCAGCUGACAUAUCUCAAGAUGGCAGUAGGCUCUGGGCGAUUGAUAAACCUAGCAUCUCUCAGCCUCCUCCUGGUUGGCAGAGGCUUCUUAGGAUCAGAGGUGAAGGAAGCACAAGAUUCGCAGACGUCUAUUAUGCCACGCCAUCUGGCAAGAGAUUGCGGUCCAUGGUCGAGAUCCAGAAGUACCUGCUUGAACAUCCGGAGUAUGUCAGGGCAGGGGUAAAUAUUUCUCAAUUUUCAUUUCAAAUCCCAAAACCACUGCAAGAAAACUAUGUAAGGAAGCGCCCUCAUACAAAAGCGAUGCAACAGUAUGAUGGCCCUGCUCUUGAGAUGCCGAGGCCUUUUGAACCUUCUGAAGCGAAUCCUCUGUCAUGGGCUGGUCCAGUACAGUGCUCGGACAUGCAGAUUGCAGACAGGCCAAGGGAGUUACCGGCUCCGUGUUUGGAUGCGCCGGAUGAUAUCCGUGCUCUCCCUCCACCUCCGAAGAAGCAAGCAACCAGGCAGUCACCCAAAAAGAUGUACAGUAAUCCAGUGUAUAAUCAGCCCAGGAUCAAGGUAGAAGAGCCACAACAAGCCAGGAAUGCCACCGCCUUCGAGCUAUGAGGUUUGUUAUCUGUCAUAUCCUUGUUCUUGUUUUUUGCCUUCUAUAGUAAGGAUGGUAUGCUUUUGAAGAAAAUAUUGAAAAGAGAAGGAAGAUACAUGGGGAUGAAGAUUGCAUGGGAAGUGAGUUUUUGUAAGCUUGGUUGUGUAUUGUAAGCACUGUCAAGGAAUAGAAAUUACCUUAAAUGUGUCCA